AGCCCAGGUAACUUUACACUGUGCUCUCUCCAGAACUUUCUCCUGGACCCAGAGGACUGCUCUCUUUUAGCUUGCUCUCUCCCCUCUCUCUCUCAUCAUGAAGCUGCUCUCCCAGACACUGUGCCUGGCCCUGGCCCUGGCUCUCAGCCACGCCGCGCCACAGAACCUUGAAGUCAUGGUGAAAGAUCGCCCUGAGAGGCCCAAGACUCACUGUGAGCAGCAUAGAGACGGUGACCAGACGACCAGUCCUAGUGGGCAACCUAUCAUGGGGGCUUUUGUACCCCAGUGUGAUGAGCAGGGUCUGUACAGAGCCUCUCAGUGCCAUGGUUCUACAGGACACUGCUGGUGUGUGGACAGCAGGGGGCAGGAGAGAGCAGGGACCAGGAAAGGACCCGGCACUGGCCAGCCUAAGUGUGAUGAACCAGAUCGCCCUGAGAGGCCCAAGACUCACUGUGAGCAGCAUAGAGACGGUGUCCAGACGACCAGUCCUAGUGGGCAACCUAUCGUGGGGGCUUUUGUACCCCAGUGUGAUGAGCAGGGUCUGUACAGAGCCUCUCAGUGCCAUGGUUCUACAGGACACUGCUGGUGUGUGGACAGCAGGGGGCAGGAGAGAGCAGGGACCAGGAAAGGACCCGGCACUGGCCAGCCUAAGUGUGAUGAACCAGAUCGCCCUGAGAGGCCCAAGACUCACUGUGAGCAGCAUAGAGACGGUGUCCAGACGACCAGUCCUAGUGGGCAACCUAUCGUGGGGGCUUUUGUACCCCAGUGUGAUGAGCAGGGUCUGUACAGAGCCUCUCAGUGCCAUGGUUCUACAGGACACUGCUGGUGUGUGGACAGCAGGGGGCAGGAGAGAGCAGGGACCAGGAAAGGACCCGGCCCUGGCCGGCCUAAGUGUGAUGAACCAGAUCGCCCUGAGAGGCCCAAGACUCACUGUGAGCAGCAUAGAGACGGUGUCCAGACGACCAGUCCUAGUGGGCAACCUAUCAUGGGGGCUUUUGUACCCCAGUGUGAUGAGCAGGGUCUGUACAGAGCCUCUCAGUGCCAUGGUUCUACAGGACACUGCUGGUGUGUGGACAGCAGGGGGCAGGAGAGAGCAGGGACCAGGAAAGGACCCGGCACUGGCCGGCCUAAGUGUGAUGAACCAGAUCGCCCUGAGAGGCCCAAGACUCACUGUGAGCAGCAUAGAGACGGUGUCCAGACGACCAGUCCUAGUGGGCAACCUAUCGUGGGGGCUUUUGUACCCCAGUGUGAUGAGCAGGGUCUGUACAGAGCCUCUCAGUGCCAUGGUUCUACAGGACACUGCUGGUGUGUGGACAGCAGGGGGCAGGAGAGAGCAGGGACCAGGAAAGGACCCGGCACUGGCCAGCCUAAGUGUGAUGAACCAGCUGGACCAGAUCACCAUGGAGCCCAGUUGGACCGUUGUGAAGAGAUUGAGUUUGAUGCUAUCGCCCCGGACGCCAAGAGAAUCACCUACUUCUUCAAGGGUGACCACAUGUGGUCCGGCUUCCAUGGUCCCUCUGAGCUGAUCAACGGUUCCUACAAGGAGCUGGACGAUCAUCAUCACCUGGGUCACAUCGAUGCUGCUUUCUGUCUCCACCAGCCUAACGACGAAGACCAUUUGCACACCUACUUCUUCCUGGACAACAAGGUGUUCAGCUACCAUGAGCAUAGCCAUAGCCUGGUGGAGGGCUUCCCCAAGGACAUCUCUGAGGUGUUCCCUGGUGUCCCUGACCACCUGGAUGCUGCUGUGGAGUGUCCCAAGGGAGAUUGUCUCCGAGACUCUGUCAUCUUCUUUAAGGGGCAUGACGUGUUCCACUUUGACACCCACACUAAAAAGGUGAAGGCUAGCCAGUGGGACCACCUCCCCAACUGCACCUCAGCACUUCGCUGGUUGGAUCACUACUACUGUUUCCAUGGACACCAGUUCACCAGGUUCCACCCUUGGUCCGGGACUGUGACAGGGAAGUACCCCAAAGACGCCCGCGACUUCUUCAUGAAGUGCCCCAACUUCAGCCGUUUGAGCGACCACACGGAGAGAGAGCGUUGCAGCCACGUCCCCUUGGACGCCAUGACAUCAGAUGACCUGGAGAAAGCCCUCGCCUUCAGAGGUGACUAUUACCUGCAGAAGACUGAGGGGAGCAAUGAUGGCUGGCAUGCCUUCCCCAUCGCUCAUACCUUCAAGGACCUGCAGAGUGACGUGACAGCAGCCUUCUCUUACGCUGGCCACCUGCACUUCAUCAAGGAAGAGCAGAUGUUUGUGUAUAAGUCUGGUGGUGAACAGUACCAGCUGGUGGAGGGAUUCCCCAAACCCCUGAAGGAUGAGCUGGGGAUCGAAGGACCGCUGGACGCUGCCUUUGUCUGUGGAGAACAUUCCAUUUUGCACGUCAUCAAGGGGAACCAGAUGUUUGACAUUGAGCUGACCACCACUCCAAGAGGAGUGGUCAUGGAGUCCAGGCUGCCGUUCCCCAAGGUGGACGCUGCCGUGUGCAGCCCCGACGGCCUCAGGGUGUUUGUGGGAGCAGAUUACUUCCAGUACGAGACCCCUAUGCUGCUGGCUAACAGCAAGAUCGUGCCUGAGCCACACAAGACAUCACUGGAGAUGUUUGGCUGUGGACACAAUGGGACCAACGUGAGUCAGUCAUUGACUAUGCACGGUCCAAAUCCUUGAGAUAAAUAACUUGAGAUCCAUGCUCUUAAAUCGUGCUGUCAAAUGACCUAGUGGCCUCCUGGGUGGAAUGUUAUUAAAACAAAAAUGCAUAAUUUCAUAAUUAAUAAACAUAAAGAAAUA